GUCCACCUGAGCACAUUGGCCAAAAUGGGCAACCAACCCUCUGUCCCAGCACCUGGAACCAAACUACAGGUCAUUGGCGCCGGCCUCCCCCGCACCGGAACUGCCUCGUUCAGCGAAGCGCUGCGCAUUCUCCUUGAUGCUCCAGUGUACCAUGGAGGCACACAGUGUACCAUGGGAGAGCCCAUCGAGAUGCUCUCUUGGAUCAAAGUGCUCAGGCUUUUCCCAUUCAGAGACGAAGCCGACAGGACAGCGGCCCUUCCCUUGAUCCGCCAGCGGCUGGAUGGCUACGCCGCCACGACGGACGCACCAGGAGCCGGGCUGAUCCCAGAGCUCCUCGAGCUGUACCCUGACGCAAAAGUCAUCUGCACCGUGCGCGAGCCGGAUGCUUGGGUCGAUAGCAUGGCAGGCGUGGCUUCCGCCUCUACCAAGUGGUUCUUGCGCGGUGUCCUGCUGCCACUGCCCACGAUGAGACACUUUAUCGACUACAUCAACGGACUUCGAGAAAUGUGGCUUCAUCUCUACGGGGAGACUGAGCCACCUACGAGGAUGACCUAUGAUCGUCACAUGGAGUGGUUAAAGGAGACGGUGCCAGAGGACAAGCUGGUAUUCUUCGCCGUCAAGGAUGGCUGGGAGCCUCUCUGUAAGGCAUUGGGCAAAGACGUACCGGAUGUGCCAUUUCCGAGGAUCAAUGACAGCGAAGCCAUCGAAAGGUUUGCAGCAAAGACGACUAUGAGAGGAUUGCUUAGGUGGUCCAUCCUUCUGGUUGCAAUUAGUGUUGGGGUCGCAUUUUACAGGGCGAAAUGA